AUGAUGCUGCAUAAUAGCUUCUGCCUGGAGGUAGGUGCCACCAGCCUCUCUUCCUGCUCGUGCAUUCCCGGUUUUGUCAACGAGGACGGCAGCUGCGAGGCAUGUGGAAUCGGCUGGUUUUGCCCCGGAGGCUCCGAGAGGAGGUGGCCAUGUGCUGAAACGAAAACAACCCACACCAACACUGCAGGCUCACCUUCCGAGUGCAACUGCAAGCCAGGAUUGUUUCUGCAAAACGGGCUCUGUGCCCCGUGUCCGCUGGGAUACUUCAAGGCCAGUAUCGGAGAUGACGAGUGCUCCCAAUGUGGUGAUGGGACAUACAGCAACCACACGGGAGCCACGGAGCCGUGCCUAUGCGCUACUGGCUAUGGCUUUGAUGACACUUCGGGACGCUGCAUGGCGUGCCAGGCUGGCGAAUAUAAGGCAAGUGUGGGGAACUUGCCAUGCAGCAGGUGCUCCACUGACAAGUCCUCAACAUCAGCCGCCACAUCACCCCUUGACUGUCGCUGCCGAGCAGGCCUUGCCGCAGAGGGCAGCAUGUGCAGAGAUUGCUCGGAGGGCUUUUUCUGCCCAGGCAAAGGUGAGGAGCUGGCAUGUCCCGAGAACGCAACUUCUCGUGCUGGCUCUUCCUUGCAGACAGACUGCCUGUGCACCCCUGGCUAUUUCUUCAGGGAGGACAACUGCGAGGCCUGCCCUCCCGGGCGCUACAAGCCAACCCUGGCCAACGAGCUCACUUGUCCACUGCAAUGCCCCACGAACGCUCUGAGUGCUCGCGGAUCUACCAGCCUUUCAGCCUGCUUUUGUGCCGAAGGAUAUUUUGCAGAAUUAGACUCGGCAGAUUCAAUAGCCAGGUGUGCCAGUUGCUCAGGGCUACCACACUUGCAAUGUCCGGGCGGUUUUGAAGGUCAGACUACCCAGCACAAACUGCCAGUUUCUAGCCCUGGUUAUUUCCAAACUGGAACAACCACAGCCGUGAAAUGCAACGUAGUUGCAGCCAAUGGCCUGAGCACAUGCCUGGGCGGUAUCAUUUGUACUGAGGGCGACUCCAAAGGCUUGAGCACCGAAUGUGUUGGCAUCUACCAUAACGCCUGCGGUGAAGGCUCCACUGGCGAACUUUGUGGAGAAUGCCCAGCUGGCUGGGGAAGACAUGCCUUCCAGCAGCCCUGUCAGCCAUGUGCCGCUGGUGCAGCUCUGCCGCUGAUCCUGUCCUAUCUGUCGACGUCGGCCAUCGUCAACUUUGUGGUGGCAUAUAUGGCCGCAGUAGCAGCUGUAAGGGGAAGCACUAAGCUGCACACGAUUAUGAUCCGCAUAGCCACCCAGUGGCUGGCCGCCUGCUCCGUCCUGGCCACCUUCGACCUCACCCAGAUCCCACUGGACACUACAACGGAGCAAAACACAGAGAACGACGGGCCACUCUUUCCAUGGCCUGCGCAGGUCACUGCAGCGAUGCUGGGCCUCUUCGAGACCCUCACCCUAUCACCUGUGCUGACUUCCGUCGAUUUGGCCGCGCAAUGCAUGGCUCAGGAGGUGUCUGCCCGCAACUCCGCACCACGGAUUGCCAUGGCGGUGUACCAGCUCCUGCUGCCUGUGCUGGUAGUGUUGAGCAUCCUGCUGCUCUCCCUGUUUGUGGUGUGCUUCGUCGUACCUUUGGGGCAGCACUUGGGCCACCCCUUCAACGAGCUCGGGCGAAAAGCCAAGGCUUUGAACAGCCUGCGCAAGGCAGUGGACCAGGUGCUGAGCGAAUCUUUCAAAGAUGGUGUGGCUUCCGAGACACCUUCCCGGCCUGUAAGCACGCCUCCUUCCUGGGCAGACUUGAAGCGCUCAGGUGUGUUAAAGGAGCUGCAGAGCACGAAGCAAAUUUGGCAGGCAGCUCAGGACCCCGACGCCUUCCUACGGAGGGCCACAGCCCAGUCUCGCACGCUGUUGCUCCGCGCUUGCGCGGCCCGGGCGUGCAGUCUGGCCCCGCCCACCAAAGCACUGCAGGCGAACCGGCACCUGGCUCAGGCAGACCUUCGGGAUUUCCUGACCUUGGACUUCGCCAAUGAGUCGACGGACUUCACUGCCAUGCUGGACAAGGUCUUGGAGACAGCAUGGCUCAAGACCCCAGAACAGAAGCUCUUCGAGGUCAACAUACAUGGCGAGAAGAAGCUCGACGCAGAGACGCACCAGGGCAAUGGCCCUAAGAUCUCAGAGUUCGAAGCGGCUGCAGAUCCUGACGAAACCGCUGCCACCUCGCAGCCUCCCGCAGACAUCGACACGGACAUGGUGCCCUCCGAGGACCAGCAGCGGACAACGCCAUCGCGGCAUGGCUUGAGCCUCAUGGCUGAUGAGGCUGUGGAGUCUUUGGACUUCGGUCUUUUCUCUCUAAACCUUCCUUCAGCGACCUUGUCAAUCAGAGCAUGCCGAUCAUUUGGAUAA